GCUCCCGCAUCCAAGGACGUUGGCCGGCUUGCUGCAAGUGCAACGCUUUGUGUGGGGUUUCUCCCUCCACCCACACACACACACACCCACUCCCUCUUUUAGUCCUUUCUGUGGUUUCCUUUCCUUCUCCCCUCCCCCCAAACCCACCGCCCCAAGAGGGACGAGAGAAGCAGCUGGCCAGGGGUUGAAGCUAUGGUUUCUCUGGAAGCCUCGCUUCUGCAGCUCUUUUUCCUCUGCCAAGCAUUUUCGCUGCCCGUACCUACUCAGCUGUCCAAGGACGAUGAAACGGUGAUUAAAUGCAUCUCAGAAAUCUUAGCAGACACCCUGUCCAGAUCCAGCCCAAUGCCGGUGACCAGCGACUGCAUGAAGGUCCUGAGGGAAGACGACAGAGUCCUGACGAUGCUUCAUCAGCGGCAUCUGCUGAGGGAGCUGGAGGAACUCGCCCAUCAAGAAAAUACAAAGCAUCUCCUGGCCCAAGAAUCGAACCACAAUUCUCGGGAAGAAAAGCAACAAGGAGAACUCGAGAAGAGGGAUGAGCCCGCCCAACGGAAGGUAGCUGCCCCUGAGAAGGCGGAAGAGCACGCCAGCGAAAAGAAAGAAGAGGAGGAAGGGAAGAAGAAGGAAGAGAAAGCUAAAACCUCCAAGGAGAAAGCUGAGGUCUCUCGAGAUGAAGAUGCUUCGGAGGUACAGGAUGAAGAGGAGGAGGAGGAGGAAGAGGAGGAGGGAGAAAUAAAGAAGAGGGUCUCCUCGGAGACGUGGCACUCCAAGGAGUAUUUUGGCCACGUCAAGAAAAGAGGUUCCAGGCGGCCCCAAAUCCAAAAGGGAAUGCUUCGGGGAGAUGAAGGAGGCCGGGAGAGGCAGGAAAUGGGCAAGAGACGCUUUAGAAUGGAUGAAGAAGAGGGGGAUGACGCCUCAGAAGAAGAGGAGGAGGAGAAAUACCACCGCGGAGGACACAGCAGUGACGAGAAGUGGGAGGGAGAAGAGAGGAGACCUUCUGUGGCCAAGAGGGUGGCAGAGAAGGCCAGCGACGAGGAGACGGCUCAGUUUGAAGAGGAGAAGGGCCUUAAAAGCUCCAAGGCCAAAGCCCACCUCCACAAAGGGUGGAAGCCGUGGCAGGAAGAAGCAGAGGAGGAGGAGGAGGAGGAGGAGGAGAACCACAACAAGGUGAGACAUGGCCACCACCGUCCAUCAGUUGACUUGGACCUCAAGAAGAGAGAUCGGAAGGAUCCAGUGGAUCGGAGAGGCAGGCACCCCGCUCCUGAGGAGGAGGAAGAGGAGGAGGAGGAAGAAAAGGACACCCGGCGGAGGAAGGUUCCAGAGGUGGAAAAACUGGAAGAGAUCGAACGGGAGCUGAAAUGGGCUGCUGACGCGCUAGAAGAACUCAAGAAGGGUUAAAUCCUGCGGCUGCCUCGGAAGCCGCGGAGGGUAGGAGAAAUCCCAGCUAUCCUUUCUCUCUAUGACCCCUGUAUUCAGCUUGGCUUUAGACUGUUAAACUUAAGUUUUCCCUCGCUUACGAUGAUAAUAGAAUAUUUGUAGCUCAGGGUUGAACUGCAGAAUCCUGGGUG